ACUCCACGGUGAGAGGGGCAAUUUACUAGACUAGGGCCCUUGACCUUUGCCCUCCUUCAGGAUUUCGCCACCUUGCGGGAAGGCGGGGGAAGGGAUAUAUUAACGUCCCUCCCUGACAACCGGGACGCGGACCACCGCCUCGGAAGUAAACACUCCGCUCUCGGGGGUCUCCGGCUACACGAACGCCAGCGCCGGGAGGAGACACUGCGCAUGCGGAGAAGGCGACCGCGCGGUCGACGGUGCGCACUGCGCAUGCGCCCGGCUCUGGGGGCGGUGUUCUUUUUUCCCUCUAGGCAGGUGAGCGGCGGCUGCACUUUCCCGCCCUCUCGUCCCUCCUCCUGCUGGCCUCGCCCCCAAGGCGUUGCUAUGGGGACCCAGCGGCCACUGCCUGCCUGUGGGGGCGCCUCCUGCCUGGCAGCUUCUUGGGACCAGGUUCAUGGAGCUUCCGAUUAACGACGUCGAUCAGACCAAGAACCGGCGGGGCCUGGGCCGUUGCAGGCAUUUCUUUUGGCUGGGCGUCGCCUUCGACACGGUGGGCGCCACCGUGCUCCUUACCGGGGUCUUCGCCAACCUGCUCUUCUACGACCUGUUGCUCUACUUGGGUUCCAUCAUCAUCUUCCUCAGCCUCCUUUGGUGGGUUUUCUGGUACAGCGCUAACAUCGAACUGACUUCUGAAGAGCCCACACCCAGACCCUACCACCUGCCCUCCGCCACCACGCUGGAAAUCCUGAGCCAGACCAUCAGCAACCGCUUCUCUUUCUCCAUCGGCAAUGUUUCCAGCACCUUUAUGCGGAUGCGGCAUCGGCGUCAGUGCCGCAGGAGGAUCCUGCCAGAGAGUGCUUCAAUGAAGAUGACCGUCACGGGUCAGCUGGGCCAGCUAGACCAGGAGGACCAGGUCAAAGACCGGAUGGAAAGUGCCAAGGAGAGCGAUGCGGCUCGGGACAUCGAGGAUCUCCCCCAACAUAAAGCUGUCAAAAGCGGAGAGGAAGUUUGCUCACUGGGCCCCAGUGCUGGUCCCCUAGGCCCUAAGACUAGAUUGCCAUCGACCCAUCAGGUACAGCCGCAGCUAACUCCGUCUUCUCUGGACCAGCCUCUAACUCCAGCCAUCCUGGCUUCUAAGAGCCUACCCGUAGUCCCCUUGGCCUCUAUGAGCCAGCCUGUACUUAUUCUGACUUCUAAAAGCCAGCUGCCUGCAGCCACUCUUGCCUCUAGGAACCAGCCCGAUGUCCCCUUGCCCUCUGCAAGCCAGUCUGUACCUGUUGUGACUUCAAAGAAGCAGCCUGUAGUUUUGUUAGCUGCUGCUAGCCAGGCCCCUGCAGUCACACUUGCCUCUAGGAGCCAGCCUGCUGUCCCCUUGUCUUCUACGAACCAACCUCUGACCAUCCUUACCUCCCAGAGCCAGCCUCUGGUACCUGUGGCCUCUCAGAGGCAUUCCGUAAUGACUGUCACUUCACAGAGCCACCUCCUGGUGCCUGUGGCUGCCCAGACCCAGCUCCAAAAUCUUUCUCAAGCCUGUCAAACUCAGCCACCGCCUGUUCAGGCUUCCCAAGCCCAGAAUCUGGCCACCCCAGUCUCUCUGCUCCAACUUCUGCCCACACAGUCUUUUCAGACCCAAAUGGUGGACCCUCAGGUGGCCCAGACCAUCCAGGACUUUCAGGCCAUGGAUCACACCCAACAGGCCACCCAGAGCAGCUCUUCAGUACAAAGGAUUGAACCAAGCCAGUCCCUGUCUGCCCAGGAAUUUCACAAAAAGUCACUGGCUUUCAAGACCCCGCCACCACUGGGCCAGAAGCUAAGUCCGAACCCCCCUGAUGUGGCAUCAGUGCUCCCUGAGUCCCCAACUCCAGCUGCUCAUGCCCAGGAGUCAAUGUCCCCCAGGAGGUGGCCCACCCCUGACCUGGCAAAGAAGAGUUGCUCACUCUAGCACAGAGCCAGACCCCAGCCUCUGAAAAAACUCACCAAUCGUCCUCCAGAUUUAAGUGCCAAGUUUCUAAAAGCACAAAUACUUGCCUUCACCUUGUUUUGGAAAUCUCCGUCUGGAGUCCUGACCUGCCUGAGACCAGCACAAUAACCAGCCUGCCUCUGCCAAGUAUACAUGUUUCAGUGUUGAGGAGAAUUUUCUAGCUUGCAGGCAAUAAAGUUAUUUAUUGCCAGAAUUUUAAGCCAUAAUAAACUAUGCUAUUCCAAAUGAACAUUGUUUUAAAAUAAGUUGGAUUUUAAAACAGACCUUGCUUGUGAAAGCAUUCCAGCCUUCUGAGUGGAAAAUAAUAUCUCACAUACUCUGGGUGAAGAUAGAGGUGCAAUUUCCAUAGAAAUGGACAUUGAAAAAUGCAGCUCCUUGUAGUUAAGGAUACUUUGUGACCUCUCAGGUAUCAGAAACAUAAAUACAAUCAAUGUAUUGUAACAUGCUAUAAUUUAUAUGUUCAUUUUCUUUAGGUAACUUGAGUUUCCCUUUUUCCCAAGGAUUUAAAAUCUGAUUUGAUUGCACAUUUUAAUGAUAAU